AUGGUCAGAAGCGAGCUUGAGGCUCGCGCACUGGCGCAAUUCGAUAGCCUGGUGGAAAAGGGUGAACUCUUCUGGGAACCCAGCAAAGAGAUCAAAGUCGAGCAACAACCUUUCGAUGUCUACUUCCGCAUCUCAGCCACAACACAGCAAAAGCCAUACAACCCCAACGACACGUCACGCAGACCCGGGUUUUUGGACGACGACCCGGAAUUCACACUAUGUCACGUGACGCCCAACCACAAACUCAUCAUGAAUAAAUUCUGUUGGCUCCGGCCACAGAUGAUCCUCCACACACUUGAUUUCCAGAGCCAGACCGACAUGCUUGCUCGUGAUGACUUUGAAGCCGCGAUUUCUGUCGUCAAGCAAUUAGGCGAGCGGUAUAUGUUGAUCUUCAACGGCGGGCCUGAUGCGGGUAGUAGUGUGGCACAUAAACAUCUACAGGUGUUUCAACGACCGGAGUGGAAGACGGCGAUUGAUCGAGUUGUGGAGGGAGAAGAGGUGGAUUUGCCGUUUACGUACCGUUUGUAUCGGCUGACUGAGUCGUGUCAGGGGGAUAAAUUGUAUGAAGAGUAUCGGGCGAUGUGUGAUGAGUUGGGGAUUGUUAAUGGAUGUCCUCAUAAUUUGUUGCUGGUUAGGGAGUCGAUGGUUGUUAUUCCGAGGUCGUGUGCUACUAUCAAAGGGGAUAUUGAUGGGGCUUUGAUUCAAGGUGGAGCCAACGCUAUGCUUGGUAUGCUGUGGUUGAAAACGCCUCAACAACUGGAAAACUGGAAAUCAUACGGUCCCAUCAAGGCUUUGACUGAUUUCGGCGUCGUUCCCAAGACACAAAACGGCAGGGCUUGAUACAUGUCUUUUCUCUUCUUUUCUCUUCUUUACAUGAUGACGAACGGGGUACACACGAACAUACGACUGGGUUUAGACGGAUGACGGAUAAGGAUAAAGCCUCAAAGGUAGAUUUAGAGAUGGACUGGUAUCAGGAUUAUAGAUUUUGGAUAAACACAUGUGCCACGAAGGCUGGCCGGGCUGGGUUUGCUAGAUACCUAGACAUAGACAUACACAGAUGGAGUUUCUCAAGUAAAGAUAUGCUGGAUUAAACAG